AUGGCGUCGUCGAGCCUCCUGGUCGCGAGAGCAGCGGUGUCAGCCAUCCCAUCGAAGCUCGCACCGCUCAAAUCCAUCGCCGCAUCCCGUCCAGCAGUAUCAGCCAUCCUCCCCAACGCAUUUCUCGGAAGAUUCGCCGACACUUCUCCCGCCAACCCCCUCCUGAAGCAAACUGCGGCGGCGCCAUGCCAAACAGUCGCACCGACGGGUCCGAGUCGGCUGCGGAUCGGCAGCACGCAGCUGACGGGGCGGCGCGCGAUGGCGAACAUGGCGUGGGGAGGCGCGCUGGCGGCCGUGCGACUCAUCGUGCAAGGGAAGCACAUGGAGUUGACGGAUUCGAUCCGCGCGUACGUGGAGGAGAAGGUGGGGCACGCGGUGCAAAACCACAGCGCGCUGUGCCGCGAGGUCGACGUGCGCCUCUCCGUGCGCGGCGGCGACUCCAACACCAAGGGCCCGCGCCAGCAGCGCUGCGAGGUUACCAUCUUCACGAAGAAGCACGGCGUUCUGCGGGCGGAGGAAGAGGCGGAAUCCGCGUACGCUGCGAUCGACAAGGUGUCGGACGUGGUUUCGCGGAAGCUGCGGAAGAUUAAGGAGAAGGACGGCGGGCACGGGCGCACGUGGCAGAUGCGGAACGCGCAGAAGCUCGGCGAGAUGCUGCCUGAGACACCUGUUGACAUCAGCCCCAUCUUGAACCGCCAGACCAGCGACCUUCCUGAUGAGGUGGUGCGCACCAAGUACUUCGAGAUGGCCCCCAUGAGCACGUACGAGGCGCUGGAGCAGCUGGUGAACGUGGACCACGACUUCUACGCCUUCCGCAACGGGGAUUCCGUCAUGGCGGAGCUCACUUGCCUCUCCCAUUCGUCCCCGCUCGCUCUUCGCCUUCGCACCGCUGCCACCCCCUCAUCGCACUCGCCUCUGCGACGAGCCACACCUAAGCCAUUCGUCGCAGCCUCGGCGAGCAAUCAAGAUGCUGCACCGUCGGCUCUUCCCGCCGUGAUUCCCGCUACAGCCGUGACACCAGUCACCCGUCGCGCGGUUGUAGCGCUCCCGGCCAUGGCUGCUCUCGCCGCCUCCCUCGCCGCCGACCCAGCGAAUGCGAUCAUUCCCACCACCGCCGUCGCCGGCCGCGUUCCAGGGCUAUCCGAACCCGACGAAAACGGCUGGCGCACGUACAAGCGGCCGGCGAGCAAGUCCGGCGGGCACGGCGUGGGGUGGAGCGAGCUCAUCCCGUACAGCUUCACCGUGCCCGACACCUGGGAGGAGACGCCCGUGUCGAUCGCGGAUCUGGGCGGCACGGAGAUCGACCUGCGGUUCGCGAGCAAGCAGCAGGGCAAGCUGUUCAUCGUCGUCGCGCCCGUGCUGCGAUUCGCCGACGGGCUGGGCGACGACGUGCGAAUCGAGAGCGUGGGCGACCCGGAGCGCGUGAUCACGGCGUUCGGCCCGGAAAUCACGGGCGAGAACGUGGAGGGGCGCGUGAACGACACGAAGGUGGUUUCUAAGGGCGGGCGGACGUACUACGAGUAUGACGUGGACCCGCACAUCCUCGUGUCCGCCACUGCUGCUGGCAACCGCAUGUACAUCAUGGGCAUCGCUGCUUCUGAGAGUGUGUACUUGGCAGUGGCAUGUGCAUCAUGUGCAAUAGAAGACGUACUCAACCCAAGUCACCUCCAGCAGAAGCUCUCCUCACCAUUUUCUCAACACUCUUUAUCAGUCCUCUCCUCUCCACCUCCUCUCAACCCCCUUAUUAACCCUUUCCUUCUCACCCUCUUUCCCACCCUCACCUCUUCGCACCAGGCCGGCAAUGGAGGAAGGUUGAGUGAUAUAAAGCAGACCCUCCUCCCCUUGGCGUACGCACAAUGCUUCAACCCUGCCUUCCACUCUCUCUUCCCACCCCCCUCUCAUCUCUGCUCUGCAUCAGGUCGGCAAUGGAAGAAGUACUCGAGUGACAUCAAGCAGAUCCUCUCCUCCUUCCGCGUUGGAUAA